AUGCUGAUUUGCAAUUGUAAAUCGAUCGUACCAAUCAAUACAACUUUCUCCACGAAAAGCUUUCAAACAUCAAUCUAUGCGACUGAUUCAAUUACCGUAUCAGAGUUCACUACAGUGACUACGAGUACGCAGUCAUCGACAACUGUCCGAAAUGAAGAGACAACCACUGUGUCCGAUCACAAACCAUAUGUCUUCCAGUCGAAUUUCAGUCGGAAUAAUGAUUCUAUCUUUGUUUCUCUUUAUUCAAAUUCAUCUGACACCUAUAUUGCUGUUAACAAUACAUUCAUUGAUAUGCAGAAUAGUAGUCAUCCAUGUGUUCUUUCGUUUAGUGAACGGUCAUUUCAUUCCCACGAACAUGUCGUGUCAACAAUUGUUAUUGAUUUCAAUGGGACACUGACACGUGACUUGGCUGUUCAGCUCGGUGAUCGUUUAAUAGAUAUUAUCGAUCUGUUAAUGACAGUUCGAUCGAUGAUUCAUGAGAAUAUUACAGUCCACUGA